AUGGAAGCUGAGAAGAGAUUCCGAUGUGGUAAAACUAUUGAUGCAUCAGUUCAGAAGCAAAUUCUGCUGGAAAAGCAACAUUGGCGUGAAAUUCUAGAAAGGCUCCUAGCCACAGUUCAGUUUUUAGCAUCUUACAACCGACCAUUUAGAGGUCACAGAGACACUUUAGAAGUAGAGAAAAGUGGCAAUGUCAUAGACCGGAUAAAGCAUUCUGCAAUGUUUGAGCCUGUUCUCCGUGAACACUUACAGCGAAUAGAAGACAAACGUAUUCACAACCACUACUUGGGAAAAAACAUACAAAAUGAAUUAAUUGCCUUGGUGGCCAAGCACGUCAAGCAGACAAUUAUUCAAAAGAUUCUUCAAGCAAAAUAUUACUCAAUCAUUCUUGAUUGUACGACCGAUAUCAGUCACAUUGAACUGAUGACAGUGAUAUUGCGCCAUGUUGAUGAAGUGUCCGGCAAUAUUGAAGAGCAUUUCAUUGGAUUUAUAACAGUUGAAAAAACUACAGCUGAAGAAUUAACAAAAACCAUACUGUUUGAAAUUGAUGAGUUAGGUUUGGACAUCAAAAACUGCAGAGGGCAAGGAUAUGAUAACGGCGCUAACAUGCAGGGAGAGAAAAGUGGUGUGAAAACCAGAAUAUUAAAUAUCAAUCUUUAG